GGGAAGUUGGUUUCAUUUCUAGAUUCUAAUCUAAUGGCGGCAAUCCAACAAGCCAAACCUUUUCUUCGUCUUCUUCUUCUUCCCAUUCUUCUGCUGCUGUGUUCCAAUCCGCAGGCGGCUAACGUUACUACUCUGACCCAAGGUGGGCCAGCCCUAAAUUCCACCUCCAACCUCGUCUCCCUAAACGGGCUCUUCACCUUGGGCUUCCGCUGGCUCGGCCCAGAAAAAGGAGAGCUCCUCCACGAUAAGGGCACCUACCUCGGCAUAUCGUACGUCGACGGCAGCUUCUUCUGGGUAGCCAAUCGCGGCUCCCCAUUCCCCGAUUCAGAAGGCGACGGGUGGUGGGUCGUCGACAAUUCGACGACUCUAACCCUUGAUCAAAAUGGCACACUACAGCUCACAUCUUCCUCAGGCGUUCCCGCCGUCGAGCUAUACUCCAACAGUCGCCUGUGGAGGCAGAAAUUGAUCGCGCAGCUCGAGGACACCGGCAGUUUCUCCGUGAGGGAUGCUGAUGGCGGGAACUUGUUGUGGGAGAGUUUCGACUCACCAACUGAUUCGUGGCUCCCCGGGAUGAAAUUAGGGGUGGUCAACGGCGGCCAGAUUCGGAAGCUGACGUCAUGGCUGACCUUCACCAACCCGAUGCCGGGUGCUUUCACGUUGGAGUGGGAUCCCACCGCCGGAAAGGAAGAGUUGGUGAUGAAGCGACGAGGCACGGUGUUCUGGACCAGUGGCAAGCAAUUGGGUCCCGGCAGGUUCCAGAAUCUCGACCUCAGGGGAAGAGAACUGGAUUUCAACAUUUCUCGGGUCUCCGAUCCUGCCAGCGGCGACGAUUAUUUGACCUUCUCAGCAGCUGAGUUUGCAACUGGCAACAAUUCGUUCAGGUUCUGGCGAUUGAGAUACGACGGGGUAAUUGAGGCCCCUAGCAUCAACAAGACCAUUCUGGACUCUGAAUUCUGCGAUGGGAACAGGACGGAAAAUGGGUGCCUGAGAUGGGAUGGUCCUGAGUGCCGAUCCAACAAUGGUGACAAGUUUGUGGCACGACGUGGUGGGUUUAUGAACAGUUUUCCGAAUGGGAGCAGGUUUGAUUCUAAUCUCAGCAUCAGCGAUUGCAAGAACAUCUGCUGGACAAACUGUAAAUGUCUUGGCACUACAACCUACUUUCCUGGUGAUGGCACUUCAUGCAAGAUUGUAGAGUAUGGGGACUUCACUGACGUGCCGGGUUCCGAUCAAGCCCUGUACUAUGUCAUUGAUAGAGAAGCUGACGGAACAAUUGAUGCCCAUCGCUCAAUUGCAACCCGGAAUAAGUGGAUAGGGGUUUCGAUGGCCAUAGCAGGGGGUCUCGUGAUGGUCACAAUCUGCAUAUUUUUGUACAGAAGAAGGCGCAAUCUCAAAGAGAGACUUCUAGCAGAGUUGAUGGGGGCUGAUGAUCGAAGUGACAAAGACAAGGUAGGGGAUGAUGGCAAUCCUGGCCACCAUUUGAAAAUGUAUACCAUGGCGUCGAUUAUUGCUGCUACUGAUAACUUCUCCCAGCAAAACAAACUUGGACAAGGAGGUUUUGGACCUGUAUAUAAGGGAAAACUACCUGAAGGACGAGAAAUAGCUGUGAAGAAAUUGUCCGAAAGUUCCGACCAGGGCUUGGUUGAAUUCAGAAACGAGCUUAUACUCAUUGCGAAGUUGCAGCACAAAUACCUUGUCAGGCUGCUGGGUUGCUGCAUCCAUGGAGAAGAGAAAAUGUUGGUGUACGAAUAUAUGCCCAACAAGAGCUUGGAUUCUUUUAUCUUUGAUGAAUCAAAAAAGUUACUUCUAGAUUGGAGUAAGCGGUUCAACAUCAUUGAAGGAAUAGCUCAUGGAUUGUUGUACCUUCACAAGUAUUCUAGAGUAAGAAUCGUGCAUAGAGAUCUGAAAGUUAGUAAUAUAUUGCUGGAUGAAAAUCUCAACCCAAAGAUCUCAGAUUUCGGUAUGGCGCGUAUUUUCAAAACUAAUGCAUUGGAAGGUAACACAAACACAGUGGUAGGGACAUAUGGUUACAUGUCUCCAGAGUACGCCAUGCACGGCACUUUCUCCACCAAGUCAGAUGUCUUUAGUUUCGGAGUAAUGCUGCUGGAAAUCGUGAGCAGCCGGAAGAACUAUGGCCUUAUUCAAUUGGAUCCCCCAGUCAACCUUGUCGGAUAUGCAUGGAAGCUAUGGAAAGAAGGAACUGCGUUAGAGUUUAUGGAUCCAGCUUUGGAGGAUUCAUGUACUUGUAAGAACCUGGUCCUCAAAUGCAUCAAUGUAGGGCUACUCUGCAUAGAACAAGAUGUCAAUGAUAGGCCAACAAUGUCGCAAGUAAUCUCAAUGUUAACUAGCGAAGCUGCACAAUUGCCCAAUCCAAAACAGCCAGCAUACACAAUUGCGAGUCCAGGUAGCAUUUGUGUGGAGAAAAGCUCAAGCACUGGCAACCCAAAGAUCUUUUCGGACAAUGAAGUCGCAAUAUCGACAUUGAAUCCUCAGUAACAAGCCGGAGAAAGUCAGUAUGUAGCAUUAUUAUUUUUCCUCGCUCUACAUGUAAACUAGGUAAAUGAUAUGUACUCAUGAAUCAUUGAUCCAACGAUGCAAGUUCAUAUUUGUAAGAACAGUAAAUGUUCGAACUGAAUUGGAUCCAUAAUAUUUUUGUUAGAAUAGAUACAAUAAUGGAUCUGCUUUGCAGAUUUCCUGAACCAAGUAGCUUGAUCAUGUCCCCUUUCCACAUAAUUACAAAACCAUUAGCUAACCUGGAAUGAAUUCUUGAAGUGAUA